UUUUUUUCUUUGAAGCCCCCUCCAUAUUCACCUACAAUGCCGUUCAGGAUUGGAGGGCUAGCCUCCAUAUCGUCAGAUACCCCUCACGGAAUACACGAACAUCCAGAUCCACAAGUUCCUCAGCCCACGAUGCAUCCUGAACAGCAUCAUCACCACAUGCACCCAGAUUUGCAUUCUGAAUCUCAUAUGCAAGAACAUGUUUCUGAACAUUUGCAUGCUGAGCAUCUUCAUGAACAUUUACAUGCCGAACAUUUACACAACCACUUGAAUGAGCACAUUCACGAGCACAUCCACCCAGAGCACGUCCACGCCGAGCACCUUCAUCCAGACCACAUUCAUAAACAUAUGCACAAACACCGCAUACCCCCACCACCAUCAGCUCCCUCAACCUAUACCCGCCAAAAACUCCGUACGACCCUUUCCCUGAAAAAACUGCUACCAAAACCUUACACAAAAAAGAAGUCCCCCUCCCCAUCCACCAAACGCUCCAAACAAGUUACCCGAGCCUGCAAUCACUGCAAAAAGGCGCAUCUGGCAUGUGAUGAUCAACGGCCCUGUCGGAGGUGUAAGCAUUUGGGCAAGGAGGAUUGUAUGGAUGUGGAGCAUAAGCGACGAGGUCGGCCGAGGAACUCGAGGAGUAAGAAUCGAAAAAGGUUCGAAGUUGGCUAUGAGGAGGAAGAGGAGGAGGAAUUUGGGUUUGCCGCGGCAGCUGAACCAGAGUGCUGUGAGGUGGAAGUGGGGAAUGAGUAAAGCACAAGUGGCAGCGAGGUGUCAAGAUAGGGUGUAAUGGUGAAAUUGGAAGAGGUUCAAAAUGAAAGUGAAAAGUGUAACACGUAUAAAGAGAGACAAGCCUAAGACAAGCAAAUGCCACACAAAGUGCACACACACACACGCCGUACACAAUCAGAAAACGCAUCAACCUUCCCAGUGGUAGAGAACAUUGUAGACUGUGUACGGACUGACCAUUCAGUGUAAUCAUUAUUUUUUGUUUAAUAAUCAAAAAAUUUAUAAGUAGCC